AUGGUAAAGGACGUAGCAAAGGUUGUUGCCGCUCGCUUCUGCAAGAGCCAAAUGCAAUCUUCACCCCCCCCCCCAUAUUCGCAAGAAAUUAGAAAAAUAACCAGCAAAGAGCAAUGGAAGUGUCGCGAUGGAUCCUGUAUCAGCAUUGACAGCAUAUGUGAUGGAGUUGUCGAUUGCCGUGACAGUAGCGACGAGACUCAUACACUAUGCAGGAAGAUGCGCUGUCCACCUCAUUUAUUCCGCUGUACGUAUGGCGCAUGCGUGAACGGUGCAGCCGCUUGCAACGGCAAAGUGGAGUGUGCUGACUCAUCCGAUGAAUUGAUACCGCAAUGUCGAGAUGAAAUAUCUGAAGACAAUGGCCAGUACAAAUGUCGCAAUGGUGAUUCGAUCCCCGCUGUAAGCCGAUGUGAUGGUGAAGCAGACUGCGCUGAUGGCUCUGACGAAACGGUUGAAUCCUGUGGGGCGAUGGUGUGCCACCCCUACCUAUUCCAGUGUGCAUAUGGAGCCUGCGUUAGUAAGGGAGCUGACUGCAAUGGGAAGGUAGACUGCGCUGAUGGAUCUGAUGAGGCCGUAGAACUCUGCGGUGGAACUUCAACAGAUGUUACAGUAACAUCUCCCAAGCCUACAGAUAACUCCGGCGGUUCUGCUUGCAUUCUCCCAAAAUAUCCAAAACACGGUACAUACAGGGUGCUCGGAGCACGUGGUGCUUUCCCCGGAGAAGCGUACUCCAGUCCGAUCCUGGACGUCCGUUGUGAACCUGGAUACGUGUUAAACGCAACCAGCAACGUGUAUUGUGUUGAUGGCGUUUGGUUCGGUGAUAUGCCAAACUGCAUCCGACAAUGCAAGUUAGCUCCUAACCCGAGCGUGAGUUACACGUGCAUGAUCGUCGAACACAACACGAGGAGUUCCUGGCCCUGUAAAGAGUACGAAGCGGAUGGCACCAUCGCUGUUCCAGAGUGCCAGGAGAACUAUCAUUACACUGGUAUAGCUCCAAACGCGAAAUGCGUCAAUGGACAGUGGGAGAACCUUAUCCGCUGCAAUCCAGAAUGUGGUACUGUUGUACCGAAAAGCAACCAGCUUAUGAUAGGUGGCCGUGUAGCGGAGCGUGGUGAACUGUCAUGGCAUGCUGGUAUCUACCAAAAGUCAAGGUCAUUCGAACAGAUAUGCGGAGGCUCACUCGUCAGAAAACAGGUCAUCAUAUCAGCGGCCCAUUGCUUCUGGAAUAGUAACAAGGAGACAAAAAUGCCGCCAUCCGACUACAUGGUGGCUGCGGGGAAAAUAUAUAGAUCCUGGAAUGAUAAACGCGAGAAUGACGAGCAGAAAAGAGAUGUCAGCGAUAUAAAAAUUCCAAAACGAUUCAGAGGCCCGGAGACCAAUUAUCAAGACGACAUUGCUCUGGUUUUCGUGGAAACACCAUUUGAAUAUACUCAAUAUAUUCGACCAGUUUGCGUUGACUUCGACGAAGCCUUCAACAGUGAGCAAUUAAGACCUGGACAAAAAGGAAAGGUUGCAGGCUGGGGCUUGACAGACCCUAAGGGUAAACCUUCUGAAGUACUACGCGUUGUUGAACUCCCCGUGGUGGACAUUGGAAUCUGUUUGGACAGAUCACCCCCAGAUUUCAAAGCGCACAUUACCAGCGAUAAGAUCUGCGCUGGAUAUUAUAAUGGUACGGCGCUUUGCAAGGGCGACAGCGGCGGCGGGCUUUCCUUUCCGGAUCUAGAUCGUGGUAAGCUGCGGUACUAUCUACGUGGAAUAGUUUCAACCGCACCCAGGAAUGAAGAACUUUGUAACUCACAAACCAUCACCGCAUUCACAAGGAUCAUGUCUCAUAAAGUUUUCAUUAAUAAUAACGUAAAGGAAGCUGUUUAA